AUGUACGCAAAGGGCAAGGGUUCCGCAGUACCUUCGGACAGUCAAGCCAGAGAAAAAUUAGCUCUGUACGUUUACGAGUAUUUGCUGCAUGUUGGCGCACAAAAAGCUGCACAAACUUUCCUGUCGGAGAUACGAUGGGAAAAAAAUAUAACACUUGGGGAACCACCGGGAUUCCUGCAUUCUUGGUGGUGCGUAUUCUGGGAUUUAUAUUGUGCAGCACCUGAACGACGUGACUCGUGUGAACACAGUAGUGAGGCCAAAGCUUUCCAUGAUUAUGGAUUUGUAAACAGUGGUUAUGGCGUUAAUGGAAUAGCUCACAAUGCCGGACCAGCACCAUCACCACUUGGACAGAUGCCACCAAAUGAUGGUAUGCCUGGUGGUCCAAUACCUCCUGGAUUCUUUCCCGUAAUUAUAAUAAUUGACGGAGUUAAAAUUGAACGGAACAACUCGACAAUGCGACCAUCUCCGCCCACACACCCCUCAUCACAGCCAUCUCCCCAGCACCCCCAGCCACCCCCGCCCCCACACUCGCAGAUGAUGACCACUCAGUUUAUGGGACCUAGAUAUCCUUCAGGACCUAGACCUGGAGUACGUAUGCCACAAAUGGGAAAUGAUUUCAACGGACCACCAGGUCAACCAAUGAUGCCAAAUAAUAUGGAUCCUAAUAGACAAGGUCCGCCGGGUAUGAAUCCAAUGAAUCCACGAAUGAAUCCACCUCGUGGGCCAGCAAUGGGACCAAUGGGUCCUGGUAAUUAUGGCCCAGGUAUGCGAGGCCCACCACCAAACAGUAGUUUAGGUCCUGGAGGACCUGGAGGUCCUGGUAUGCCACCUAUGAACAUGGCAGGACCUGGUAGACCACAAUGGCAACCAAACACAUCAACACCUAUGAACUAUUCAUCAUCAUCACCUGGUAAUUAUGGUGGGCCACCUGGUUCGACAGGACCUCCCGGUCCAGGUACGCCAAUAAUGCCAAGCCCGCAAGAUAGCAGCAAUAGUGGCGGUGAAAAUAUGUACACAAUGAUGAAACCAGUACCUGGAGGCAAUAUGCCUGGCGAUUUUCCAAUGAGUGGAGGACCAGAAGGUGGACCUAUGGGCCCAAUGGGGCCUAAUACAAUGGGCCCAGUAUUGAAUGGAGAUGGUCUCGACGGUAUGAAAAAUAGUCCAGCGAAUGGUGGCCCUGGUACACCACGAGAAGACAGUGGCAGCGGAAUGGGUGAUUAUAACCUAACUGGAUUUGGUGGACCCGGUGAAAACGAUCAAACGGAGUCAGCAGCCAUUCUCAAGAUCAAGGAAAGCAUGCAGGAGGAGGCCAAGAGGUUUGAAAAGGAUUCCGAACAUCCAGAUCAAUAUUUCAUGCAAUAA